AUGCGUAUAGCGAUGCAUCUGCCGCUGCUGCUUCUAUAUGUGUUAUUAUUGUCCUUUUCAACCGCAAGUAACACAGAUGCAGCGCACGAAGCCAUACCAACGAACACAAACAACUGGGCCGUAUUAGUAUCCACGUCCCGGUUCUGGUUUAAUUAUAGACAUAUGGCGAACGUUCUUAGUAUGUACAGAACCGUCAAGAGAUUGGGUAUCCCGGAUUCACAAAUAAUAUUGAUGCUGAGCGAUGACGUGGCCUGCAAUUCAAGAAACCUAUUCCCUGGAAGUGUCUUCAAUAACAAGGAUCACGCAAUUGACCUUUACGGUGAUUCUGUCGAGGUUGACUAUAGAGGCUAUGAAGUUACGGUGGAAAACUUUAUAAGACUUCUAACGGAUAGAUGGACGGAAGAUCAUCCUAAAUCUAAACGCUUAUUAACGGAUGAGAAUUCAAAUAUUUUCAUCUACAUGACAGGUCAUGGUGGUGACGAUUUCUUGAAAUUUCAAGAUGCCGAAGAAAUUGCCUCUGAAGAUAUUGCCGAUGCAUUCCAACAAAUGUACGAAAAGAAAAGGUACAAUGAGAUCUUUUUCAUGGUAGAUACGUGUCAGGCAAACACGAUGUAUUCCAAGUUUUAUUCCCCAAACAUUUUGGCAGUGGGUUCGAGUGAAAUGGACGAAAGUUCAUACUCACAUCACUCUGAUGUAGAAAUCGGAGUUGCUGUCAUUGAUAGAUUUACAUAUUACUGUUUGGAUUUCCUGGAACACAUCGACAAAAAUUCCACUUUGACUUUACAAGACCUUUUCGACUCAUUUACAUUUGAAAGGAUUCAUUCUCACGUAGGUGUUAGAACCGAUUUGUUUGACAGAGAUCCAUCUGAGGUAUUAAUCACGGAUUUUUUUGCCAAUGUGCAGAAUGUGAUUGCUGAUGAUUCAAAGCUUCUUUCUAUAAGUCAUUACCAUCACCACAAAGACCACAUCGAUACUGCUCGAUAUGAGUAUAAUAAUAAUGUGUUAAAUUUGGCCCUGGGGAAAGAUACUGGAAACUACUCUUCCCCUGAAGUUGACAAAAUCAUGAAACAUGUCAAGUCUACUAAUAAGUUAAAUAUUGACGUAGGCUCCAAUGAAUGUUCUUUAACCUUUUCCAAACAAUCAGCCGUACUAGGAAUGGUGUUAAUGGUAAUGAUUGUAUUGUUCAUGAUGAGAGGAAACAACGCGAAGGCGACUUAUGAUCUGUACACUAAUUAA